GCCGACAAUGCCGACGGCGACUCAGUUCACUACCCAAGUAAUCUCACCGACGGAUAUGGAUCGGAGUCGUAACAAUCCGAGCAUAACUAGCAAUACGAUGGGUACUUACAGCAGCAAGAGCAGCGGAAACAACAACAUUUCGGAUGAUUCAGGCACCGAGUUUGAUCCCUCGACACUGCAGGUAUCGAAGAAGAUCAAACUUUUUUCCUGUGCAAGAAACCAGAGGAGCGGCGUCCUGACCGCAACCAGUGCGGCUGCUAAUACUGCAGCAUCUACUACUACUACUCUGCUUGCUGCCAGUACGAUCACCAGCAUCACGCCGAACGAUACCGGCCGGCUAGCACUGAAGAAAAAAUCGAUGAAGUUUCGAACGAUCGGGAAGCUAAUCAUGCCAAUGUUUUUGAACGAUAAUAAUAACAAUAUCUCCAACUCAACCUCCCCGCUGCCCGUCAAUGGGUCCAACGUCAGUGGUGAUGCGGCGAAGGAGGUAAAACUGGAAACGGCAGCUGCUGCUGAAGAUGACGUUCCCCAAUAUCGGUCGCUGAAGGUAGAACGAAUACGGAGAAAAUUUAUGGGAAACUCGUCGAUACCGAUCGUUGACGAAGAGAAUUAUUCGACGGUUAAUCGGGACGAAGGGAGCGAUUCCAAUGUUGAAUCCGGAAAGGAGAACAACUAUGACAGUGGUGGAGAGUACGGGGGCAAAUUCGGAGGAUGCUGCGGGGGAAUUGCAGCUCUGAAAAAGAAUCUAAUGAACGGAAAUCGAUCUCAUAACAAGAGCAUUUUGCUUAAUUCGACAGCUGAGCUGGAUGAAAUAGUAGCUAAAGGGAAGGUCUCAACGAUGGCCAAACAAUGGAACAGAUUGCGAGCAAUGACUUUGGAUGUUUCCGUGAUCAAAAGAAACUCACAUUGCAGUGAAAAUUCAUCACUGCAGGAAGGUAUUGUCGGAAGUUUCCCCUGUGAGGUGGAUGGCGAUUGCUACAGUAAUACCAACAACUCGUCGCUGUUGGCACAUAGUUCCUCUUUCAACGGGAGCAAGUCAAGACGGCGUGAUUCACCACAAAUUGACGAUCGGAUUGCUAAAUAUUUCGGGCUGAGAAAACAGCCAAAUGAACAAUCUAACGAAUCAUCAUCCAUUAGUACUGCUGGGUCCAACAAAUCCCGGCGUCGAUCACGUUCACUGCCUCGAGGAAAUCCUCCCGCCCCGCCUCCACAGCUCCCGAUAGAUGAACGAAUCGCAAAAUACUUUGGCGUCAAUAAAAGCUUCUCCGGCAGUUCCGCACUGCAAACGAUUGACAAGCCACUUGCAAUCGUGAAACCUCAGCAGACCAGCCGGACCUUAAUUCCAGAGGAACCUGUAGUCGUCUCGACCAAAGCCGUCCGCAGUGGAAGGCGUCGAUCGCUCUCAGUCCCGAGUGAAAGUGUGUUCGAAGAACUGGCUGCGUCCGAUGAAACUGGCAAAGCAAGGGAUCAUCACGCAGUGAGCUUCUGCUUGGCCACCGAAGGCGGCAUGCCGAUGAUUUCGCUGAAGCUGAUACAGAAUUUUGACGAGUUGAACCUAACGGUGGAGGAUAUAUCGGCGGCGGAUAACGAGUUUGACAAGCUUUACGUAGAUCAAGUGCUAUCCCCCCGUAAACCACCGUUCGCGUACCUGCCAGCAUCAGCACCUCAGCAGCCGCAACCAUUCGUAUCGGAACUGAAGAAAGGCAUCCUCAAAUCCAAGUCCGGCUGCGUUGGUCUCUUCCCGACGGAUCUGAACAGCGAGCUGAAAUCGCGUCUGAAAAAAUCCACCCACUCGUCGGUUAGCAAUCUCAAAAAGUCCACUACAGUGUCCAGCAUUGAUCAGGACGUUCCGCGCGCCGGUUCUUCGUCCGACGAUGACGACGGUGUCGCGCCCGGUAAGAAUCUCGCGAAAAUGCUCCGCAAUGUGUCGAAUACGGCCGUCUCGUCCGCCGGUAGUUUUGUACCACCCCCGGGUGGAGUGGCACUUUUUGCGCCGUCCGCUCCGUUACCGACCACGUUCGCGCCGUUGAGGAAAAGUGAUUUCGCCGCGAGUGGCACCACGAGCGAUGGGGAACAUCCCGGUAGCAGUCGCGGAAAUGCGGAUUCCAUCCUGAAGAACCCCGCUGUGGCGAGACGGAGACGGCAGAAUGAAGGAUACAAGCAACAGCUGGUAAAAAGCAAGAGCCAAUCGGAGCUUGCAACCUUUAUUCCGGCGUCGGCCAUUAUCUACCACAACACGGCGAAACAAUUCGGCGGCCCAGUUGGUAUCGGCGGGACUCGCCCCGGUGGACAUGACCCUGUGAGUAUCGGUGGUCCCAGUGACCCAAGAACGACGGCCAGUUUUCUAAGUCAGCCGAGUACGGCGGCGGAACGCGGAUCGCUACUGCAUCAUCAUCAGCAGCAGCAGCAGCAAGAACAACACCAUCAGGUACCGGGUUUCCUUGGAUUACGGCGCUGCCUAACCGAGGAGAUGCGUCCCGAUCAGGAAUCGAUGGUUAAGAGCGUCUCGAUAGCGGAACGGCUCGCAGCACUGCAAAAAAGCGGCGAGGACGAUUGGCGAAAGCGAGUUGCCAAACAGGAUGUCACCGACAACGUCCGGCGGGAGAAUUUAGUCAAUAAUGCCAUCCUCGUUGCCAAAUCGAUCGAGAGUCCGGUGAAAAAUGCCACACCACGCCCGUUCAGUCGGCCGGCAGACGUCGAAGGCGGAAACAUUUCCGACCGGCUCGGAAAGAUCAAAACGUCUUCGGAGAACUGGAAGAAUCGUGUCGAACUCUCGGAUGCCACCAACUUUACAGUGGCGGGCCGGAUGGCUGCCAGCCAACUGCCCAAGUUGCCGUUCAUCAAAUCCGACACGAAGCAGUCGCCACCGAUGAGCGUGUUCCGCAGUGUCAACCCGCCUCAGCUGGGCCUCGCCAAGAGCCCGUCGAUGAUGGUGUCUUCGGUGACCUCAUCAUCGACGGUUUACAGUCCCGCCACAAUCCCGAACGGACCGUCGCCACCGGCCGUAGCAGCACUGGCCGCCGUAGGUCAACAACUAUCUAGUCAACUGAAUCAACAGCGAACCGGGGGAAUGGGAGCGGACAGUUUUAUGAAGCGUAGCAUUAGUGUUCCCGGGGUGCCCUCGUGCGCCACCGGGGUUGCCGGUGGGGAUCUUAAGUCCCAUGCUGCCGGCGGUUCAAAGGUUUCCAUUCCAAAGCUGGACGACGAAAGCUUUGGCAACUUUUUCACCAAAGUCGAGAAAACCGUAUCAGCUACUAGCGCCAUCACCAGUAGAAGCAGUUACACCAACAUCACCAGCAGCAGUCUUAGUAGCAGUUCGGCGGCGGAGGUUGUCAUCGGAGAUUUCGACACGCUCAAGGUGGACAGCCAGCAGCGGCUGACGCAGAAGAAGAUCGUACAGGGUCCGAAACGUCGCGGGGCCAUGUCGAAGAAUCCGCUCAAGAAGCUGGCUGCUCGGGACGAUCUGCAGACGGAAUACACCGAAAUCAAAACAGGUAUCGCCGACAAAGAGUUGAAGAGACUCAAACUAGAAUCAAUCGCCAAAACUAGCAAUCUGGCCAUAGAAGCGCUUGCUGGCUUAGCUUCCGUGGAGGAUUUCAAAUCAGUCGCUCUAAAAUCUAGCACACUCCCGCUGAACCAGAGCUUUGUCCCGUUCAAGCCGCUUAUGUUGCUGCAUAUCAAGGGUCGACGGCACGUGCAGACGCGGCUGGUGCAACCGAUCGCGCGAUCUAUCAACCGGGGCGAUUGUUUUGUGCUGAUCACGCCGGAUCGACUUUUUGCCUUCCUUGGCCAGUACGCAAACGUGAUCGAGCGCUCCAGAGCCAAGGAAAUUUGUGACGUUAUCGUGCGGGAUAAGGACUUGGGCUGUUCAGCUAGCAGCGCGAUUAUGAUCAGCGAUGGAAAGUACUGCAGUGAACGGCAGCUGCGGGAGUUUUGGAAAUUACUGGGACGUGGUCAGGAAGAUGAGGGAGCGGAUGUUUGUAAUGCCGGACAUGCCGAUGAGGAUGAACUGGUCGAAAGUUGUCUAAUGGAAACGAACAAAGUGUACGAAUUCGACGACGACAUGCUGGUGCCAUUGGAGGAAUAUUGGGGCGCUGCUCCCCGCAUUGCAAUGCUUGAUCCGAAAAAGAUACUGGUUUUUGAUUUCGGCAGUGAGUUGUAUAUUUGGAAUGGGAAGAAUACUUUAAGCGAAGCGAAAAGAGCAGCGAUCAAAUUAACCCAGGAAAUGUUCAUGCAGGAAUAUAGUUUCGAAAUGUGUCAAUUGAAUCCGAUCAACUUUUCCGAGCUGUCCGGAGAUCGGCAGAGGGAUGUAAGACGUAUUGUGAAGACCGGAGCGGUACGUCCAGAGUGGUGUUUGAUUGCCAAAGUUACCCAACACAUGGAGACAAUACUGUUUCGGCAGAAGUUUAUCGAUUGGCCAGAUAUCACGGUACAGUUGAAGGACGAUGGUUACCAGCUGGGGGACACUCCCAGCCUGGAGAUUAAACCCGUCGAUGGAGAGCUGUUGUUCAAGGGAGAACCCUAUGUUGAACCUAAUUUAGUGCUGGAACACUCCAACUUGGGUCGAGGAAACUUUUAUUACGACACAGAUUCGAUGCGUCACUUUGAUGUUCUUACAAUUUCGGUGACCCAGUGGGAGAUUGAUGAGUAUGAGUACAAAGAAAUUCAAGGGACGUCCUGUGGACACUUCUAUUCCGACGAAAGCUAUACCAUUCGCUGGAUGUAUCAGGUUAGUGUAACCGUUCGAGAACUCAGUGGAAAAGUUUCAAAUCGAAGCACGGUCGUUGGACGAGACCGCUGUGCCUACUUCUGCUGGCAUGGUUUGGAUGCACCGGCAAAUGAAAAAGGUGCUGCUGCUUUACUAACUGUCGAACUGGACAAAGAAAAAGGUGCUCAGGUCCGUGUUUCCCAGGGCCAGGAAUCAUCUGCUUUCGUUCGACUGUUCAAAAUAAUGUUCAUUCACAAGAGUAAGAAAACUACCCGAAAUGCCUGGCGUUUAUACAUCAUUACCGGAAACUAUCCGGAAGAAACGGUAUGCACUGAAGUGACUUGCAACGCAUGUCAAUUACGAUCUAGAGCUACGAUGAUUCUCAUUCACGGUGAAAAAGGCCGCGUUAUCCUGUGGAAUGGUUGCAAAGCUCUACCACACACCAGAGAAGUGGGACAGAAUGCACUGACGGCAAUUAUCCAAAACAAAUACACCGAACUUUUUGACGAAACUCUUCCCACCAUCAGUUCCGCGACCCUCGAGGAAGGUCAAGAGUCACACGAAUUCUUCGAAGCCAUCGAUGGAAGUCAGAAUCGCCAUCAGUAUCAUUCAUUGCUCGGUUCCAACCAGGACUUCUCUUAUACACCCCGAAUCUUCAAUCUAACCAGUAUCAAUAACGGUAACUUUGAAGCCACCGAGCUGCAGUAUAAUCUGCGUUGCAAAGAUCUGACAUCACCGUACCCGUUCCGACAGGCCGAUCUGUACAAUGCCCGCCAACCGACGAUUUUCAUGAUUGACAAUGGACAUAUACUGUGGCUCUGGCAGGGCUGGUGGCCAACAGAAGACGGAUCGGGAAGUGAUAGUGGAAGUAACAGCGGAAGUGAAAAUCACAGUAGCUUCGACAGUAACCGUUCCGGUGAGAAUCGCUGGCAGACCGAGCGUAGGGUGGCGAUGGAAACGGCCGUUGCCUACUGGAAUGCGAAACACUGCAAAUCUACCAAAAAGUUUGUCCCAAAGAAAUCGGAAGUUUGCAAUGGCAACGGGAAUGGGCGAGAGCAAGAAGCUCUGCCGGAUGAGAAUGGUAAUGGAACAAUCGAUGAGGUGGAUAUCACGCUUGGGGAGAAGAAAACGUCUAAAUCUGUCAUCAAAAAUGGUGCUGCCUGUGAGGGAAAUGAUGACUGUGUUACUGAGCAAACGACUGCCAAUGGAGAACGGGCGGACGGUGACGAUAAGCUGGAGCAUCAGGAGGAAAUCAAUGGUUACGUCGUUUGGGCUGGUUUGGAACCGUUGGAGUUUAUCGCUAUGUUCCCUGACUGGGAACAGCGAGACGAUGUUGCCGAAAUUAAUGUGCAGGAUGGCCGUAAGUUCGCUCCGCAGCCGAUCGCCAGCAGUCUGUCGCUUUUGUCCCGCAAGGAGUACCCGCUGUCGGUGCUGCUGGAGCGCCCCCUACCCGAAGGUGUCGACCCAACCAAGCUGGAGCUGUACCUUCACGAGCAGGACUACCAGGAAGGGCUCGGGCUUACAAAGCCCGAAUACGAGCAGUUGCCGGCGUGGAAGCAAACCAAACUCAAAAAGGAGCGGGGUUUGUUCUAGACAGGUUCCCAUCAUAUUCAAAACUAAACAUAUACACACAAAAAAAGAACACAUGGAACCGAGGUGCACACGCUCUGAUGUUGUGCUUGUAGUUUUAAAAUUUCACUGUUUUUUUUGCUUUUUUGUUUUUAUCAGUCUGAACCUCGCCUAGCCUUCGCAGGUGAGCUGGUGUGUCAGACAUGAUCAUUUUUUGGCUCGAUCAACUCUUGAACAUUUUAUUUUGUAGUUGUUUACUUUUGUUAUACUAAUUUUUCUGCGUUUUAUAAAAUAGGGUGCUCUCGGCUGAUUUUCUACUUUGAUGUUGUGCUAGUGUUUUAAAUCGAUCGAUGUGAGCAGAGAGCGCCCCCUGCAAGUUAUUGUGUUUUGCGAAACUUUACCCACACUAUGUCAAUAAUAAAAUUAAACAAAUUCUUAAAUCAUGCAAUCGAGAUUUCUUUUAAAACCAGAUUUCAUUCAACUAAACUGUACUCUGUUCUAAUUUAAAUUAAUCAAACGACUGCAGCUUACUUAUAGGCAAACCUUCACCGUUCCACGGAACCAAUGCAAGUGGGAGAUUGCUUGACAUUAUUCACAUUAUUAAACGCAUUAUUGGGCGCAGAUGAUUUCAUCCCGAUAGCAGCAAGCAAAAUAUAUUCUUUUGCCAUAGAAAAACAGCUUAUAUCUGUGUAAAAAUUGUAAUUGUAGUACUCUUAGUACCAUGUAUAUUCAGUAAUAGCUUAAGGAUUAGUGGUGUUUUUGUUUGUUAUUGUGCUAAACAACAUUUUCCAGCUAUUCGUGUAGAUUUUUUGUUUCUGUUUUUUCCCUAAAUUAUUCGAUGCGAGCGCAAGCAAAAAUUGCUUCCCCUUCUCUCUUGCAGUGAUAGUGAUUUAAGAAAACCUAUUUUAUCAUAGCUUUUAGUGCAAUUAAGCAACACCCAACUACGGAAAGAAGCCUGUACUUAAGAUAUAAAAAACAACAAACAAGCAAAGAACUGACAUUGUGGCAUCGAGGAUCGCUACACGCAAUUUUUGGAGAAGACAUUUUAUAAAGCUAUUUUCUACGUGGUACAUGUGUGCUGUAACCAGGAGAGGAUGUGUAGCAGUCGAAAUAGAAAGUCCCUGAACACAUGCAAUUUUGUGUUCCAUAUUUAAACGAAACAACAGAUGAUAAUUACGAUAACCACAAUGAAAUCCCAAUAAAAAAAAGUGAAAGUUAUUGUACUACAGGAAACAACGCAUAUAUUUGAAGAAAAGAAAAUCGCGCAGACAUGAAAACGGGGACACUUUUUCAAGAAUAAGACAAAUAUAAAAACGAAAAAAACAAUCACUAAUCAGCCUCAUCUAUUAGUAACCGAAUACUACUCAUAAUCAGCCUCUGUAAAUGAGGUAUAUACACACCGAUGAAAUAGAAAAUAAACGAUUGUAAACCCGAACGAUUUGAAGAAAUUACAAUUACCUAUAGGAAAACUUUUUUGUCGCUGCAUAAAAAAUAAACAGUGUGUGCGUCGUAUUUUGAAUUAUCCGUUACAGCUGGAAGGAUUAAAUUCCUAACGAAAAUAUAGGGCCCCUAUCAUGGCUAAUUUACUGAACACAAUAGGUAGCACACAUGCCAAGAUACUUUCACUUCUCUCUUCGUGGACAAUGAAUUUGACCAGCUGGUGCAACUAAGUGAUUUAGGACACAACAUUUGUAUGAAACUGAAAGGAAAUAGCAUUGUGGAAAAUAUCGAACUGGAAAACUUUUUACCAAUAUAAAA